UGGUACUCCUCUGGUGGUACUUGGUGACUUCAACAUCCACCUGGAAAAACCACAGGCUGCUGACUUCAACAACCUGACUGCAUCGUUUGACCUCAAGCGAGUCCCCACUUCAGCAACCCACAAAUCUGGUAAUCAACUUGAUCUCAUCUACACACGCUAUUGCUUCACCCAUCACUCCCAGGUAACCCCACUGCACACGUCGGAUCAUUUCCUCAUCACUCUUGAUCUCGACUUAACUUCUCCAGACACUACACAUGCCUCCCCACUGGUCACAUUCCGACGCAACCUACGAUCACUCUCUCCCUCCCGCUUAUCCUCUGCAGUCUCUGCUACUCUCCCACCCGCUAAACAGUUCUCUCUCCUUGAUGCUAACACUGCCACCAACACCCUUUGCUCCACACUAACCUCCUGCUUAGACAUCUUAUGCCCUCUUAGAUCUAGACCAUCUCGUGCAUCUCCUUCUGCCCCCUGGUUAUCUGAUGUUCUCCGUGAGCAUCGCACAUCUCUCAGAUCUGCUGAGAGAAAGUGGCGCAAAUCAAAAGAACCCACUGACCUCUCUCUCUACCAGUCUAUUCUCUCUUCCUUCUCUGCGGAUGUCUCCUCUGCGAAAACCCAAUACUACCACACUAAAAUCAACAACUCUCCUGACCCUCAUACUCUCUUUAAAACCUUUUCUGCUCUCCUCUGCCCGCCUUCCCCCUCACCUCCAUCAGACUUGACACCUGACGAUUUCGCAUCGUUCUUUGUAAAGAAAACGAGCACCAUCAGCAAUCAAUUCGCUGCGCCACUGCCUCUUGACCACAGUCAAUCCCCUGACACAUGCUUGUUCCCCUCGUUCUCUCUCCUAUCUGAAGAGGCAGUUUCCAAGGUAAUUUCUUCCAAACACCCGACUACCUGCCCUCUAGAUCCCAUCCCCACCCAUCUCCUCCAGGCCAUCUCUCCAUCGGUUGUUCCCUCUCUGACUCACAUUAUCAACUCGUCUCUCUAUUCUCUGUAUACAUGACAUCCCUUGGCUCUGUCAUUAGGAAACAUGGCUUUUCCUAUCACUGCUAUGCGGAUGAUACUCAACUCUACAUGUCUUUUCGCCCUGACGAUCCGACUGUCUCUGCACGCAUCUCAGCUUGCCUAGCUGACAUCUCGCUCUGGAUGAACGCCCAUCACCUGCAGCUGAACCUUCCAAAAACAGAACUGCUUGUAAUCCCGGCUGACACGAAGACUCAUCACAACCUUUCCAUUCAACUGGGCUCAUCAACCAUCACACCUUCCAGAAAAGCAAGAAACCUGGGAGUGGUGAUCGAUGAUCAGCUCAACUUCACGGAUCAAGUUGCCAGCACCGCCCGGUCCUGUAGAUUCAUCCUCUACAAUAUCAGGAAAAUUAGACCCUUCCUAUCAGAGCAUGCUACACAAAUCCUUGUCCAGGCUCUUGUCCUGGCCAGACUGGACUACUGCAAUGCACUACUGGGAGGACUUCCAGCUUGCACAACCAAACCUCUACAGAUGAUCCAGAAUGCUGCGGCAAGAGUUAUCUUUAAUGAACCAAAGAGAGCACACGUCACUCCUCUACUCAUUAAGCUACAUUGGCUUCCCGUAGUCGCUCGCAUCAAAUUCAAGACUCUGCUCCUGGCCUACAAGACCACUACUGGUUCGUUACCACCUUAUCUUAAAUCGCUAAUGCAGACAUAUGUACCUGCCAGAUCCCUACGCUCUGCAAACGAACGACGUCUUGUGGUGCCAUCCCAUAAAGUCUGGUAUGGGAACUGUUCUGUUGCUCAGUCUGGUAUGGGAACUGUUCUGUUUCUCAGUCUGGUAUGGGAACUGUUCUGUUGCUGAGCGCAAGGCACUGCAGUGGGUGGUGAAAAAAGCCCAGCGCAUCACAGGGACUACACUCUCUUCCAGUGAGGACAUCCAGAAGAAACACUGUCUGCGUCGAGCUCGCAGCAUUCUCAAGGACUCCUCUCACCCCGCUCACAGACUGUUUACUCUCCUGUCUUCCGGUAGGCGCUUCAGGUGCCUCCGGACAAGAACCAGCAGAUUAGGAAACAGCUUUUUUCCCAGAGCUGUUUCAUUAUUGAACUCUGUCCCCCACUGAUUCCACUACCCUCAUAACUUUAACUUUAAUGCUACUAUUACAUUGUUUACAUUGCACUACAGGGCUGCCAUGCAUGACUGAACUGUACACACCAGUAAUUCAUGUAUCUGCUCUACCGGACUGUUUACACACACACAGCAUAAUUUGCACUCUAUACUGCUCACUUGCACACAAGGAAUAUUACUGAAUGCUCAUUUGCACUAAUGGACUACUCUCAUAACCGCAUUACCUCAUCUACUGCACUGUAACUUCAAUAACUGCACUAACUCAUCUACUGCACUGUAACUUUCAGAGCUGCAUUACCUCAUCUACUGCACUGUAACUUCAAUAACUGCACGAACUCAUCUACUGCACUGUAACUCUAUUAACGGCAUCUACUCAUCUAUUGCACCAUAACUUCAAUAACUGUAUUAGUAACUCAGUAACUCAAUUAACUGCAUCUACUCAUAUAUUGCACCAUAACUUCAAUUACUGUAUUAGUAACUCAGUAACUCUAUUAACUGCAUCUACUUAUCUACUGCACUGUAACUUCAAUAACUGCACUAACUCAUCUACUGCACUGUAACUCUAUUAACGGCAUCUACUCAUCUAUUGCACCAUAACUUCAAUAACUGCAUUAACUCAUCUACUGCACUGUAACCUUAAUAACUUCAUUAACUCAUCUUCUGCACUGUAACUUUAAUAGCUAAUGUCUGUAAUUAAUGCACACUUAAGUCACUUGCACUAUUGUAUAGUCUAAAUUGUUAUCCGUUCAUAUCCACCUGUACAUUAAUGUUCACAGUAUAUAUCCUUCUGUAUAUAUUGUCCAUAGUACAUACCGACUGUCAUAUUUUUAUAGAACAUUUGUAUAGUAUUUCCCUAAUAUUGUAUUCUGUAUUUAUUAACACUGUAUAUCCUGCACUUGCUAAUUGCACUUCUGG